AUGCUAAAACUAAUGGCUGUGUCCAAAAAAACCUUAUUUGAAACUGGUGGUGGUCCACAUAUAAAACCUUAUGAGGCGCAAAGUGAGCUAGAAAAAAAUCUCUACUCGACUAUACAAAUUUCUGCUGAAGGUUUACCGAGUACUUUUGAUAGUGAUGCGCCUAUAUUAAUUCCGUCUGCUCCCGAAAUACACGAGCAAUAUGAGGAAGUUUUGGUUGUAAGCGAAGAAGAUUCGCUUGAUCAUGAUGGUAUACUAAUAUAUAAUGAACCAUCUUCUUAUAACACUUACAAAGAAUCGCAACCAGCAUGUUUGACCACCAGCCAUGUCGAUCCAGAGAACGUACAGUCAACUAGCCAAAUAGAUACACAUAAUGAUGAUAGUUUGUGGUCUCCUCUUAAUGCAACAAAAUGUUUAAGGACCAAAGAAAAAAAUUCAAAACUUGCUGUUGGUAAAAAUAAUUGUAAAUUCAAAAAACGAACUGUAAAUAAGAAACGUUGUAUGUCAUCAGCUGGCUUAAAAUUUGAAGAGCUAGCAGACAAUAAAAUGGAUUUAGUGUCUUUACAGCAGCAGUUUUUAGAACAACAAAUGUUGCAGUCGUCUGCUGAACAUGAGGCAAAAUUAAAAUAUAUGGCUGAAGAGCAUGCUUUAAAAAUUGAAUUAUUAAAGUUGGAAAUUGAAAGUAAA